AUGGCAAAUAUUUCACCUUUAACACAAAAUUCUAUGGGAAAACCUAUUUCAUCAGCUCAACGCAUUAUGAUUGUAAAUUUAUAUAAGAUGGAAUUAAAAAAAAAUCCUAAUAUAACUGUUCGAGAAGCUCGGAUUUAUAUAUCGAAACUAAUUGGCAUCGGACGACGAACAGUUUCAAAUGUCAUCAGAGAAUAUAACGCCAACAAAACUGUCAUCUCUCCGUGCAAAACUCGCAUAAUGACAUCAUUUAAAGAUAAGUUUGACGAUUUACAAAUGAAUGCAGUACGUUUGCAUGUUCAUUCAUUCUGGUUUAAUAAAAAAAUACCCACAUUGGACAAAAUACUGCAAGUUAUUAAAGACGAUUACACUUUGCCAAAUAUUUCCGGAAUGAAUUUGCAUCGUCUGUUGAAAUCUAUGGACUUCGUUUACACGAAACACGGUCGCAAUAGUGCCGUUAUAGAAAAGGAUAAAAUUGUUUUGUGGCGUAGACGGUAUUUAGAAAAUAUUCGUAAAUAUCGUGAAGAAGGACGGCAUUUAUACUAUCUCGGCGAAACAUGGGUCAACGCAGGCGACUGUACCAGCAAAACGUGGGUCGACAGAACAAUUAAAUCGCCUCGUGAUGCGUUUCUACAAGGUCUCACGACAGAGUCUCAGAAUCCAUCUGGUAAAGACAAGAGGCUCAUUGUUCUUCACAUUGGGUCAGAAGAUGGGUUUGUGCCAGGUGGCCUUUUGUGUUUUGAGUCGAAAAAAACGAUGGAUUACCAUGCAGAAAUUAAUGGCGACACAUUUUACGAUUGGAUGACAGACGUAAUACCGCGACUCAAAGAGAAUUGUGUCAUUAUAAUGGACAACGCCCCGUAUCACUCUGUGAAAAAAGAAAAAAUUCCAAAUACAACAACAAAAAAAGCAGACAUCAUAAAAUGGUUACAGGAAAAGGGCGAAGUAAUUGAUCGACCUAUGGUAAUCCCUCAAUUACUCGAUAUAGUAAAGAGACUAAGACCACAAUAUAAUAAGUAUUUAAUUGACGAUCUGGCUGUAACACACAACAGGACAAUUUUAAGACUUCCUCCAUAUCAUUAUGAGUUAAAUCCAAUAGAAUUGGCGUGGGCUAACGUGAAAGAUCACGUAAAAAAGAACAACACCAGCUACAAAUUAAGUGACGUCAAAACACUGUUAUUGGAAGGUAUAGAGAGAGUGGAUGAAAAGAUGUGGAAAAAUUUCAUAAGACACACUAUGAAAGAGGAAAAAAAAUUCUACAAAAUUGAUUUUAUUAUAGAGGAUAUGUUGUCCGCAGAAACACAAAGUCAGACAAUGACGGUUGGCGAUACAUCUUCGGAUUCUGAAUUCGAUAGUGAAUAG